UAUUAUCAUACUCUGGGGCCCACAUGCUACUGCUGCUUGUAGUUGCUAGGGCACCAUGGAAACAGUAGUAUGGAGCCUGAUGGGAUAUUAAAGGAACUGAACUUUUCAACCCGUGCCAGAUAGUACCUGCAGGACGUGGGAAAAAGAACCUCACAGAUAUCUAGUUCACCCUUCUUCUUCUACAGAUCGUGAUGCUGAGGUUGUGUCAGCAAAAGCACAAAAUCUGGGGAGGAGCUAGUGGUCCUGGUUCCCGUGGUGGAUGUGCAGAGUGACAACUUCAAGGAGAUGUGGCCAUCCCUUUUGCUGGCCAUAAAGACAGCUAGCUUUGUGGCUGUGGACACGGAACUGAGUGGGCUUGGGGACAGGAAGAGUUUGCUGAAUCAGUGCAUCGAGGAACGUUACAAGGCCGUGUGUCAUGCUGCCAGGACCCGGUCUAUCCUCUCCCUGGGCCUCGCCUGCUUCAAGCAGCAGCCAGACAAGGGUGAACACUCAUACCUGGCCCAGGUGUUCAAUCUGACCCUGCUGUGCAUGGAAGAGUAUGUCAUAGAACCAAAGUCUGUGCAGUUCCUGGUACAACAUGGCUUCAACUUCAACCGGCAGUAUGCCCAGGGUAUCCCAUACCACAAGGGCAAUGACAAGGGUGAUGAGAGCCAGAGCCAGUCAGUGAGGACACUGUUCUUGGAGCUAAUCCGGGCCCGCCGGCCUCUGAUACUGCACAAUGGUCUCAUAGACUUGGUGUUCCUGUACCAGAAUUUCUAUGCACACCUGCCUGAGAACUUGGGAACCUUCACUGCUGACCUAUAUGAAAUGUUCCCAGCCGGCAUUUAUGACACCAAAUAUGCUGCUGAGUUUCAUGCCCGUUUUGUGGCCUCCUACCUAGAAUAUGCCUUCCGGAAAUGUGAGCGGGAAAAUGGGAAGCAGCGGGCAGCUGGCAGCCCACACCUUAUUCUGGAGUUCUGCAGUUAUCCUUCUAGCAUGAGGGCCCAUAUUGACUACCGCUGCUGUAUGCCCCCUGCAUCCCACCGUCCUCAUUCCACCAGCGUCUGUGACAACUUCUCGGCCUAUGGCUGGUGCCCCCUGGGAACACAGUGUCCUCGGUCCCACGAUAUUGACCUUAUCAUUGACACUGAUGAGACUGCCAUGGAGGACAAGCGGCGACGACGACGGCGUAGGGAAAAACGGCGGAGGGCUUUGUUGGGCCUGCCUGGAAAACAGACCUCUGGGAAAGCUGAGGACGGUCCUCCCAUGAAGCAGGUCUGUGGGGAUGGCCUCAAGGCUGAGGAAAUUGAGCAGGAGGUGGCUGAGGAUGAGACUAGCAACCAGCCUGGCUCUGAGCAAGAUCACAAAAAUGACUUGGAGAUGGGACUUAAAGCAACAAGGCCUGAAACAACUGACAUGGCUACCUUAGAAGUGCCAGGGAGUCAAGCUAGUCCUAACCCAGUGGCUGGGGAUGGUUUGCAUCGGGCUGGUUUCGAUGCCUUUAUGACAGGUUACGUGAUGGCUUAUGUGGGAGUGAACCAAGGACCCCAACCCUGUAGCUCGGGACCCUGGCUACCUGAAUGCCACAACAAGGUAUACCUGAGUGGCAAAGCUGUACCCCUCACAGUGGCCAAGAGCCAGUUCUCCCGUUCAUCCAAAGCCCACAACCAGAAGAUGAAGCUGGCUUGGGGCAGCAGCUGACCAAACUUCCACCUAGCACACACAGCCCAGGAAGAGAAACCCAGGGUGGAACUGAAAGGUCUGGGUCCCUCUAGCCUGUAAAUGUCCUAUUCUCAGCUACUACAGAGUUGGGGAGUUGGAGCUUCCAACAGAUACUGCUGCAUUGUUCCUGGACCUUCUUUACCCCCAGAGACUGAGGAAUAUGGGUGCAAGUAAGAAAGCUGACCAGCACCUGUAACACCGACUUUAUUUAUUUUUAAAUCUGAAAGUGUCUUGGGAAAGUUUUACAAAAAAAAAAAAAUCAGCGGAAACAAGUUAUGAAAAUAUCUGA